CCAUCGAGCCGAGCAAAAGCCCUAGCUUUCUUAUCCGGGGAAAGAAAAAGAAAAAAGAAAAAACCCUAGCGAUCGAUCUUGGCGGCGAGGCGAGCGACAGGGGAUGGAGGUGGAUUCGGGUCGGAACGGGACCGGCCACGGCCAGAUCGCUGGCCCCGACGAGGAGAUCCCCGCCGGCGGAGACGCGAAGAGGUCGCGCGAGGAGGGCGGCCGCAACACCACCACCACCUGCCAAGAAGACGAGGACGAGGACAACGACUACUACAACGACGACUCCAAUUUCCUCGACUCCUACCGUACCACCUGGGCCACCAACUACGGCAAAAACGACGGAUCCUCCUUUGAGGACGAGACUGCAAUCCGGCCCAUGCAGCACACUGAUGGACCUGUGCUGCCGAUAUCCUCGUGGCCAAUGGACGUGCUACAAAUAUUUUCAGUCAAGGUGACAGAGGUCAUGGGGAACCUUGAGUGGCCACUGCGUGUCUACGGCAUCGUUGCUGUCCGUGACUCGCUGGAUCACAAGAGGAACGUCCUCUUCCGCCGCGACAGGGACGACUGCCAGACCCUCACCUCGCCACAGGCAAGCAUCACAUUCAACGAUUCAUCUCUGACGCUCACUGGCCCUAGCCGUGCCGUCGUGCUGAUCAACCCUGUCAUGUUCGAGGUUGACCUCAAGGUGAUCACCCACAACAAUAGUGGCUUGCCGUUGUCUGAAUCUGAAGAGGACGAUAAGGUGCUAAGCUACAACGCCUUCUUCUACGACGGCGUAGCUCACAUGAACAACACUGGCUUCGCCCGGAGAUCCGUCGAGUCGACGGAGCACUCCACAAUGGAGUUCGUCUUCGCACACCUGAUAUUCGCCGUGGAGGCCACCAUCGCAGUUCGUGUCAUCGAAGGCUCAACCGAUUUCAGGGCCCGUCUCACCGCUCGCACCGCUGGCAUCGAUGAAGACGUGGUGCUGCUCGACUCCGGUGACGGCAAGGUGGCGGUGGUCAAUGACGAUGACGACAGUGGCCCACUCGUCGUGCUGCAGCGGCGCGUCGUGGUGGUGGAGGAGAAGGGAAGCCUGAUCCUUGGUGUGGAGGCUGCAGAGAUUGGCAGCGAAGAGAUUGUGACGAGACAGGUGGACAUCAGGCCUAGGCAUGCGUUGAGAAGCAGGUGUGGAUUCAAUCUUGGGUUCUGCAGGAUGUCGGUCAUGAUCGCCUGGUCAGUGCUACCUUAAUUCAUGUCUCAUGUGCAUUCAAUGCUUGACUAAUCCAUGGCUAACUACUACCUUUAUGAGGAUGACACUUAGUACUAAUUUUAAGCCUCUGUCAAAUUGCAAGUACUGCUUUGAACUAAUUAAGCUAGAUGUGAUGUGAUGUGAUGGUGCCGAUGGUUUCUUUUGUACUUGUGAAGUUGUGACCAGCCGGUUGAUAUACCUUUGUUGGCAUUUGUGUGGCAAUUUCAGUUAAUCCAUUUGUUGUUUGCAGUGC